CUAUUUCGUAAUUUACCUAAAAAAAUUCUGUAGAGAUGCAUAGCAAAAUCUUCAUAAGCCAUAUAUAAGUUUCGAAGUAAAUCCACCGCGAGAAGGGGGGAAGAACACACAGCCUCUUCGCAGUACUUUGUUCGCUCCAAAUGGAUUAAUGAUUUCUUCUGGGAGAUCAGCUUGAGGGAUUCGGAUGGACAAGCUUUUGCAGUUUGGUCGGAGAGCCCUCUUCUACAUUAGGGUCCUCUCUGGCUAUGAAGAGCGGCGGAUUCGAUCGUUUAGAUUGGGGCUUGAUAAGCGUCUCAAACAGGCGGAGGAAAGAAAAGCUGCCAUAAGAAAGAUGCCAGAACAGGCCAUCUUAGGUGAAGUUCGUCGUAUGGUUGAGGAGAUGCAAACUCUAAAUAAAACUUUAGAGGAAACAGAAUCUGCCAUUGAAGAAUACUUCAAGCCAAUUGACAAAGAAGCAGAGGCAUUGAUGAAAAUACAACUUGAAGGAGAAGAGAGAAGUAUGAAGGACAUGGUUAAAGUUAUGCAGCAACAGGCUUUGUUUAAACAAGCUGAGGCAGGUAAGGUUACAAAUACUCUACAAACUGAAAAAAAUCAACAAACUCAAAACCUUGCAUCUGACACAACCCCUCAAAAAACUUAGCUGAGUUAAUAAUUCUACGAGAAGUUAGAGAUUAGAUUAAUAAGUCUGUUACUGUGCAAUUUUGGUGCCACCAUUGUCUCAAGACUACACCUCUCCAUAGUUGUUGUGAUUAUAAAGCCCCUUAGAUUUAAUUACAGAGGCAUUAUUGAUUAUUUCUAGUUUGUUAUAUGAAUAAUUUUUCUUACCCAAUUCAGAUGUAUGGAUUUGUGAUUGCCAACCUCAAGUUUGAAACAGUUUUUUCUCA